AAUCCAGCUUAGUUGAUGGUAAUUAUGUCAUCGCGUAAUUCCCUUUGCAUGCUCCCUCUCCUCGCCUUCGCAGCUCUCCUGAUCGCCUCUGCUGCUGCCGAGGCUAAUGGAGAAAGAAAGGUGUAUGUAGUGUACAUGGGGCAUCAGCCACCGCCGCCGUCGACGGCUCAGGGUUGGUUCGCCGAGGCUAAGUAUCUCAGUAUCCUCGAUCAAGUACUCGAGGGAUGUUCGUCGAGGGAGUCGCUGGUUUACAGCUACACCAGCUUCGCCGGACUCGCCGCCAAUCUCACCGAGAAGGAGAAAGGAAAACUUGCUGGUGUGGAAGGAGUGGUUUCGGUGUUCGAGAGCAAAAUCCUGAAGCCGCUGACGACGAGAUCUUGGGAUUUCUUGGGGUUUUAUCAGAACGUGAGACGGGUGCCUGCGUCGGAGAGCGAUGUCGUCGUCGGCAUGAUCGACACCGGAAUCUGGCCGGAGUCGGAGGCUUUCAGCGACGAGGGAUUCGGCCCGCCGCCACCGAAAUGGAAAGGCGGCUGUGUGAAUUUUGUCUGCAAUAACAAAGUCAUCGGCGCGCGGUACUACAACCAAUUUGGCGGCGGUGGGUACGAAGCCACGCCGCGGGACUUCGAAGGCCACGGCACCCACACGGCCUCCACCGCCGCCGGCCGGGAGGUCCCCGCCAGCCUCUACGGCGUGGCCGGAGGCGUCGCCCGCGGCGCGGUCCCUUCCGCCCGGGUCGCCGUAUACAAAGUCUGCUGGUCCUUCGGCUGCUUCGGCGCCGACAUCUUGGCCGCCUUCGACGACGCGAUCGCCGACGGGGUCGACGUCAUCUCCGCCUCGCUCGGCGGCUACUCCGCAGACGACUACUUCGAAGACCCGAUCGCCAUCGGCGCCUUCCACGCCAUGAAGAAGGGGAUCCUCACGUCGGCCGCCGGCGGCAAUGCUGGGCCCGGAAGAGGAACCGUCAGCAACGUGGCCCCCUGGAUGCUGGUCUCCGCCGCCAGCUCCACCGAUCGCCACAUCAUAGACAAGCUGAUCCUAAAAAACUCCAACUACAUCGUGGGAGCUUCCAUCAACACCUUCGGCUCCGACAAGAAGCUCUAUCCGAUAACCUACUUUGGAAACGCAAGCUCUCCAAGUUGCGAUCAAUUGGAGGCGAAGAUGGUGAAGGGGAAGAUAGUCGUGUGCGGGCAAAUGACGGAUGGAUCAGGGCCUCUGAACGCCGGAGCUAAAGGAGCGAUCAUCUUCUUCAAUCUCACCGAUUUCUCAAUAGCAUUUCCGCUGCCGGCGUUGGUAGUAAACAGCACCGUCGGCGACCAACUCAUUCAGUACAUCGACAGCAACAGGAAUGUUUUAGCUGAUAUACGCAAAAGCGAAGCCGUUCAUGAUUCCAAAGCUCCGGUGGUGGGUUCGUUCUCGUCGAGAGGUCCAAAUACCAUAACACCGGCCAUUUUGAAGCCUGAUCUUAGUGCUCCGGGAAUCGACAUAUUGGCCGCGUGGUCAGGUGCAGCAUCCAUGUCGUUGUACCAGUACGAUCCACGCCGAGUAAACUACAACAUCAUCUCGGGAACUUCCAUGGCUUGCCCUCAUGUUACUGGAGCUGCUGCCUACGUCAAGUCCUUCCAUCCUCAAUGGUCUCCGGCGGCCAUCAUGUCUGCAUUGAUCACUACGGCAUCGCCGAUGAACCCUUCUCUGCACCCUGAUGCGGAGCUCGCCUACGGCUCAGGCCAAGUGAACCCGGUGGCGGCGCGGGAUCCGGGUUUGAUCUACGACGCAGCGGAGGCAGACUACGUCAAAAUGCUGUGCGACCAAGGGUACAACGAGACCCAGAUCCAGCUCAUCACCGGCGACCUCAGCAGCUGCCCUGGGACCAAAUUAGGAUCUCCCGGCGAUCUCAACUACCCGUCCAUGGCCUACUACGUCCCUCCGAACCAAAGCUUCGCGGCCGGAUUUAACAGGACGGUCACCAACGUCGGCGAUGCCGCGACUGCGCGGUACGCGGCGACGGUCAACGCGGGUGGAGGACUGAGGGUGACGGUGACGCCCGGCGUGCUGCGGUUCAGGAGGUUGAACGAGCAGAAGAAGUUUGAGGUGACAGUUUGGGGAGGGCCGUUGGAGGUCAACGGGAUUGUGUCGGCGUACGUGACGUGGUCGGAUGGGAAGCACCGCGUCAGGAGCGUUGUUACGGUCUUCACUGAUUACUCAAAAGAUUAAUGAUGGUUAAGGAGAUAAUUAAUUAAUGUCGUACGUUAAUGAAGAUGAUGAUGGAGAUUAAUAAGACAGAAUAGUUGUUGGUUUGUCUCCCAUCCAUG